CUCACUUUCCUCCAGUUGGAUUCUUACUUUGCUUCCAUUCUCAUCCUCUUGUAUUCGUCAAUCGUGUUACAUACAUGCGUGCUUACGGAGAGAGAGAGAGAGUUAUCAUUACAGACUUGCGUAUAUAUGUAUAUGCAAUAGAGAGAGAGAGAGAAAGGAGGGAGAGUUUAUUGGUGUAGCGUCUGGAUCCAGAUCUUCAAUCCAUUAGCGAUCUUGUGAGAGUUUACUGGAUAAAAAAUGGAGGUCGCUUGGAGAAGGCCUCACGCGAUUUGGGCGUUUCUUCUUCUUUUCAUCAACGCCGCUCACUCCUUCUACCUCCCCGGAGUCGCUCCCCAAGACUUCGUUAAGGGUGAUCUUCUGAAGGUGAAAGUGAACAAACUAACUUCUGUUAAAACUCAACUUCCUUAUUCGUACUAUUCGCUUCCUUACUGCAAACCAGAGAAAAUAGUGGACAGUGCUGAAAAUCUUGGGGAGGUUCUUCGUGGUGAUCGUAUUGAGAACUCUCCUUAUGUGUUUAAAAUGCGAGAACCGCAGAUGUGCAAUGUUGUUUGUCGUACUACACUAAAUGCCAAAGAGGCAAAAGAACUAAAAGAAAAGAUUGAUGAUGAUUAUCGCGUGAACAUGAUUUUAGAUAAUCUUCCUCUCGUUAUGCCCUUUAGAAGACCUGAUAUGGACGCGAUAGUUUAUCAACAUGGGUUCCCUGUUGGUUUUAAAGGACAGUAUGCAGGAAGAAAAGAGGAGAAGCAUUUCAUCCACAAUCAUCUCACAUUUACCGUCAAGUACCACAAGGACGAGGAAACUGACUCUGCAAGAAUUGUGGGAUUUGAAGUCAAACCAUUCAGUGUCAAUCAUCAAUACGAGGGAAAAUGGGAUGACAUAUCACGCCUAACGACAUGUGAUCCCCAUGCAAAGCGCACGGUGACCACUUCUGAUUCUCCCCAGGAGGUUGAGGAUAAGAAGGAAAUCAUCUUCACUUACGACGUCGAUUUCCAGGAAAGCGAAAUCAAGUGGGCUUCCAGAUGGGACACGUACCUCUACAUGGCUGAUGACCAAAUCCAUUGGUUUUCGAUUGUCAACUCUUUGAUGAUCGUCCUUUUCCUCUCAGGCAUGGUUGCCAUGAUUAUGCUCCGUACUCUCUACCGUGACAUCUCCAAAUACAACCAACUCGAAACCCAAGAGGAGGCUCAGGAGGAAACCGGAUGGAAAUUAGUCCACGGUGAUGUAUUCAGGCCUCCAACAAACUCGAACCUUCUCUGUGUAUAUGUCGGGACUGGCGUUCAAUUUUUGGGAAUGAUACUUGUCACCAUGAUUUUCGCGGCCCUUGGCUUCCUGUCCCCUUCUAACCGCGGAGGUCUAAUGACAGCUAUGCUGCUUUUAUGGGUUUUCAUGGGCAUUUUUGCUGGUUACGCCUCUUCCCGUCUCUAUAAAAUGUUUAAAGGCACUGAAUGGAAGAAAAUCACUCUACAGACAGCUUUUAUGUUUCCUGGGAUUUUAUUUGCCAUAUUUUUCGUGUUGAAUGCUUUGAUCUGGGGUGAGGCUUCGUCUGGGGCUGUUCCGUUUGGAACCAUGUUUGUGUUGGUCUUCAUGUGGUUUUGCAUUUCAGUCCCUCUGGUGUUUGUGGGUAGUUAUGUUGGUUUUAGGAAGCCGGCUAUUGAAGACCCAGUGAAAACCAAUAAAAUCCCGAGACAGAUACCUGAGCAGGCUUGGUAUAUGAACCCGCUGUUCUCGAUCUUGAUUGGGGGCAUACUUCCUUUUGGAGCUGUUUUCAUCGAGCUCUUUUUCAUACUGACCUCCAUCUGGCUGCACCAGUUCUACUAUAUUUUUGGUUUUCUCUUCCUUGUUUUUAUUAUUUUGAUUGUUACGUGUGCGGAGAUUAGUGUUGUGCUGUGCUAUUUCCAGCUUUGCAGUGAGGACUACCUUUGGUGGUGGAGGUCGUACUUAACCUCAGGCUCGUCGGCUCUGUACCUCUUCCUUUACGCGGUUUUCUACUUCUUCACGAAGCUUAAUAUAACAAAACCUGUCUCGGGAGUGUUGUACUUUGGGUACAUGCUGAUUGGUUCGUACGCUUUCUUUGUGCUGACGGGCACGAUUGGCUUCUACGCGUGUUUCUGGUUCACGAGGCUAAUCUACUCGUCCGUGAAGAUUGACUGAGCGCAUGAAGGUUUGUAGUGUUCUUUUACUCGUGCGAUUGGAGAAAGUUUCAGAACAAACAUCCCUCGAACUCAGAAGUUUGAUGAUUCCUACAAUGUGUUUUAUGAUACUACCUUUGUAAUAUUAUUUGGAUUUUUGUUUGAUUGAAAAUUUGUGAAGACGUUUUUCUGGAGGAUUUGGGAGCAAUUCCUGUACUCAGCUAUUAGGUUUACUUAAUUUCUGUUACAAUGGGCAGACAACAUUCGUUGUAGAAUUUAUGAUUUCAAAUUUUAGUUUCUUCCUAAAUGGAAGGCGGCCUUAUUGAAUGUCUGAAUUGGGUUAAGGAGACAUUACUUUUGCAUUUAAGGGGCUAGCUACUGGACUUAUCUAUUACAUCCAAGUAGAGCAUUUUGAUUUUGCAAUAUCGCGUUGAUCUUGAGAGGUAGAAAAUAUUUUGCCACUUGAAGUAGUGUUCUAGCAGUUGGAAACCAACUUUUACUUUGUUGUUAUGUUUGAACGAGUCAACUAUGAAUUUUGCAUUUUGUCGUCUGGAGCACCUCAAUGAACAUAUUCUGGU